AUGAAGUGUUUGGUGCUUGCAGUGUUACUGGUGGCAGCUGUGGGAUCGCCUCUUCCGCAUGACUGUAAACAUGAAGUCUUUACAUACGGUGGAGCGGAACCCACUGGGCCACUACAAAGAGGACAUCAUGUUUCCUCACCUGUCAUUCAUAGAGUUGAAGCUUAUCCAGUGAACCAAUACCAGGCAACAUAUCCAAUAGGUACUCACCCUGCACAUAUCACUUAUAAUGUAGCAUAUGGUUCUUCUGUUUCUCAUGCACUGCCUCAGCCUGUCCAGCCUACCCCAGAAGUGCAGAGAGCUACUGCUGCUUUCAUGGCAGCAUGGAAUGAAGCAGCUGCAAGAGCAACUCAAAUUCAAACAACUCUGGUAAAAUCUGCGCCCUCUGGCACCUAUACAAUUCAAAUUCCGAAGCAGGUAGAAGCAACUGAAGAAGUAAAGAGGGCAACCGCUCAAUUUAUGGCAGCUUGGAACAAGGCUGCUCGACGUGCAACUGUUGUCCAACAAGCAGUUUACUCUUUGCCACAGCCUGUACAACAAACUGAAGAUGUCAAGAAAACAACUGCUGAAUUUAUGGCUUCCUGGGAAGCUGCUGCUCAACAAGCUUCAGCUAUUAGACAUGCAGUUGCUGCCACUGCUUCCUCCGGUGUCCCACAACAGGUAGAGGCUACAGACGAAGUCAAGAGAGCCACUGAACAAUUCAUGGAAGCUUGGAGAAAUGCCGCUGCACGAGUGCCUACCAUUCAGACCAACCUCUACCAGAUUACUGGAACUACUCCAUAUUCUGCUGUUCCAACAAUUGUUGAUGGAGUUCCUCAGUUCACUCCUGAAGUUGCACAUGCCACAGCAGAAUUCAUGAAGGUAUGGAAUGCUGCCGCUGCAGCUGCUGCAGCAGCCCCUGAUGUAAACAUCAUAAUGGGAGACAGUUCAUGGCGUCCAACACUCAAGGCCGCCCAACACACAGUAACUUAUUCAAAACCUUCAUAUCGCCAUGCACCAGCCUCUGUAUUCUACGAUGCAGCUUCUCCAUCUGCACUGCCUCAGCCUGUCCAGCCUACCCCAGAAGUGCAGAGAGCUACUGCUGCUUUCAUGGCAGCAUGGAAUGAAGCAGCUGCAAGAGCAACUCAAAUUCAAACAACUCUGGUAAAAUCUGCGCCUUCUGGGACCUAUACAAUUGAAAUUCCGAAGCAGGUAGAAGCAACUGAAGAGGUAAAGCGGGCAACCGCUCAAUUUAUGGCAGCUUGGAACAAAGCCGCACGACGUGCAACUGUUGUCAAACAAGCAGUUUACUCUUUGCCACAGCCAGUACAACAAGCUGAAGAUGUCAAGAAAACAACUACUGAAUUUAUCGCUUCCUGGGAAGCUGCUGCUCAACAAGCUUCUGCUAUUAGACAUGCAGUUGCUGCCACUGCUUCCUCCAGUGUCCCACAACAGGUAGAGGCUACUGACGAAGUCAAGAGAGCCACUGAACAAUUCAUGGAAGCUUGGAGAAAUGCCGCUGCACGAGUGCCUACCAUUCAGACCAACCUCUACCAGAUUACUGGAACUACUCCAUAUUCUGCUGUUCCAACAAUUGUUGAUGGAGUUCCUCAGUUCACUCCUGAAGUUGCACAUGCCACAGCAGAAUUCAUGAAGGUGUGGAAUGCUGCCGCUGCAGCUGCUGCAGCAGCCCCUGAUGUAAACAUCAUUAUGGGAGCCAGUUCACUGCGUCCAUCUCUCAAGGCAUCUCACCAUGCUGCAACUUAUUCACAAUCUUCCCAUUACCAUGCACCAGCCUCUGUAUCCUACGAUGUAGCUUCUCCAUCUGCACUGCCUCAGCCUGUCCAACCUACCCCAGAAGUGCAGAGAGCUACUGCUGUUUUCAUGGCAGCAUGGAAUGAAGCAGCUGCAAGAGCAACUCAAAUUCAAACAAGUCUGGUAAAAUCUGCGCCCUCUGGCACCUAUUCAAUUGAAAUUCCAAAGCAGGUUGAAGCAACUGAAGAAGUAAAGCGGGCAACCGAUCAAUUUAUGGCAGCUUGGAACAAAGCCGCUCAACGUGCAACUGUUGUCAAACAAGCAGUUUACUCUUUGCCACAGCCAGUACAACAAGCUGAAGAUGUCAAGAAAACAACUACUGAAUUUAUCGCUUCCUGGGAAGCUGCUGCUCAACAAGCUUCUGCUAUUAGACAUGCAGUUGCUGCCACUGCUUCCUCCAGUGUCCCACAACAGGUAGAGGCUACUGACGAAGUCAAGAGAGCCACUGAACAAUUCAUGGAAGCUUGGAGAAAUGCCGCUGCACGAGUGCCUACCAUUCAGACCAACCUCUACCAGAUUACUGGAACUACUCCAUAUUCUGCUGUUCCAACAAUUGUUGAUGGAGUUCCUCAGUUCACUCCUGAAGUUGCACAUGCCACAGCAGAAUUCAUGAAGGUGUGGAAUGCUGCCGCUGCAGCUGCUGCAGCAGCCCCUGAUGUAAACAUCAUUAUGGGAGCCAGUUCACUGCGUCCAUCUCUCAAGGCAUCUCACCAUGCUGCAACUUAUUCACAAUCUUCCCAUUACCAUGCACCAGCCUCUGUAUCCUACGAUGUAGCUUCUCCAUCUGCACUGCCUCAGCCUGUCCAACCUACCCCAGAAGUGCAGAGAGCUACUGCUGUUUUCAUGGCAGCAUGGAAUGAAGCAGCUGCAAGAGCAACUCAAAUUCAAACAAGUCUGGUAAAAUCUGCGCCCUCUGGCACCUAUUCAAUUGAAAUUCCAAAGCAGGUUGAAGCAACUGAAGAAGUAAAGCGGGCAACCGAUCAAUUUAUGGCAGCUUGGAACAAAGCCGCUCAACGUGCAACUGUCGUCAAACAAGCAGUUUACUCUUUGCCACAGCCAGUACAACAAGCUGAAGAUGUCAAGAAAACAACUACUGAAUUUAUCGCUUCCUGGGAAGCUGCUGCUCAACAAGCUUCUGCUAUUAGACAUGCAGUUGCUGCCACUGCUUCCUCCAGUGUCCCACAACAGGUAGAGGCUACUGACGAAGUCAAGAGAGCCACUGAACAAUUCAUGGAAGCUUGGAGAAAUGCCGCUGCACGAGUGCCUACCAUUCAGACCAACCUCUACCAGAUUACUGGAACUACUCCAUAUUCUGCUGUUCCAACAAUUGUUGAUGGAGUUCCUCAGUUCACUCCUGAAGUUGCACAUGCCACAGCAGAAUUCAUGAAGGUGUGGAAUGCUGCCGCUGCAGCUGCUGCAGCAGCCCCUGAUGUAAACAUCAUUAUGGGAGCCAGUUCACUGCGUCCAUCUCUCAAGGCAUCUCACCAUGCUGCAACUUAUUCACAAUCUUCCCAUUACCAUGCACCAGCCUCUGUAUCCUACGAUGUAGCUUCUCCAUCUGCACUGCCUCAGCCUGUCCAACCUACCCCAGAAGUGCAGAGAGCUACUGCUGUUUUCAUGGCAGCAUGGAAUGAAGCAGCUGCAAGAGCAACUCAAAUUCAAACAAGUCUGGUAAAAUCUGCGCCCUCUGGCACCUAUUCAAUUGAAAUUCCAAAGCAGGUUGAAGCAACUGAAGAAGUAAAGCGGGCAACCGAUCAAUUUAUGGCAGCUUGGAACAAAGCCGCUCAACGUGCAACUGUUGUCAAACAAGCAGUUUACUCUUUGCCACAGCCAGUACAACAAGCUGAAGAUGUCAAGAAAACAACUACUGAAUUUAUCGCUUCCUGGGAAGCUGCUGCUCAACAAGCUUCUGCUAUUAGACAUGCAGUUGCUGCCACUUCUUCCUCCAGUGUCCCACAACAGGUAGAGGCUACUGACGAAGUCAAGAGAGCCACUGAACAAUUCAUGGAAGCUUGGAGAAAUGCCGCUGCACGAGUGCCUACCAUUCAGACCAACCUCUACCAGAUUACUGGAACUACUCCAUAUUCUGCUGUUCCAACAAUUGUUGAUGGAGUUCCUCAGUUCACUCCUGAAGUUGCACAUGCCACAGCAGAAUUCAUGAAGGUGUGGAAUGCUGCCGCUGCAGCUGCUGCAGCAGCCCCUGAUGUAAACAUCAUUAUGGGAGCCAGUUCACUGCGUCCAUCUCUCAAGGCAUCUCACCAUGCUGCAACUUAUUCACAAUCUUCCCAUUACCAUGCACCAGCCUCUGUAUCCUACGAUGUAGCUUCUCCAUCUGCACUGCCUCAGCCUGUCCAACCUACCCCAGAAGUGCAGAGAGCUACUGCUGUUUUCAUGGCAGCAUGGAAUGAAGCAGCUGCAAGAGCAACUCAAAUUCAAACAAGUCUGGUAAAAUCUGCGCCCUCUGGCACCUAUUCAAUUGAAAUUCCAAAGCAGGUUGAAGCAACUGAAGAAGUAAAGCGGGCAACCGAUCAAUUUAUGGCAGCUUGGAACAAAGCCGCUCAACGUGCAACUGUUGUCAAACAAGCAGUUUACUCUUUGCCACAGCCAGUACAACAAGCUGAAGAUGUCAAGAAAACAACUACUGAAUUUAUCGCUUCCUGGGAAGCUGCUGCUCAACAAGCUUCUGCUAUUAGACAUGCAGUUGCUGCCACUUCUUCCUCCAGUGUCCCACAACAGGUAGAGGCUACUGACGAAGUCAAGAGAGCCACUGAACAAUUCAUGGAAGCUUGGAGAAAUGCCGCUGCACGAGUGCCUACCAUUCAGACCAACCUCUACCAGAUUACUGGAACUACUCCAUAUUCUGCUGUUCCAACAAUUGUUGAUGGAGUUCCUCAGUUCACUCCUGAAGUUGCACAUGCCACAGCAGAAUUCAUGAAGGUGUGGAAUGCUGCCGCUGCAGCUGCUGCAGCAGCCCCUGAUGUAAACAUCAUUAUGGGAGCCAGUUCACUGCGUCCAUCUCUCAAGGCAUCUCACCAUGCUGCAACUUAUUCACAAUCUUCCCAUUACCAUGCACCAGCCUCUGUAUCCUACGAUGUAGCUUCUCCAUCUGCACUGCCUCAGCCUGUCCAACCUACCCCAGAAGUGCAGAGAGCUACUGCUGUUUUCAUGGCAGCAUGGAAUGAAGCAGCUGCAAGAGCAACUCAAAUUCAAACAAGUCUGGUAAAAUCUGCGCCCUCUGGCACCUAUUCAAUUGAAAUUCCAAAGCAGGUUGAAGCAACUGAAGAAGUAAAGCGGGCAACCGAUCAAUUUAUGGCAGCUUGGAACAAAGCCGCUCAACGUGCAACUGUCGUCAAACAAGCAGUUUACUCUUUGCCACAGCCAGUACAACAAGCUGAAGAUGUCAAGAAAACAACUACUGAAUUUAUCGCUUCCUGGGAAGCUGCUGCUCAACAAGCUUCUGCUAUUAGACAUGCAGUUGCUGCCACUGCUUCCUCCAGUGUCCCACAACAGGUAGAGGCUACUGACGAAGUCAAGAGAGCCACUGAACAAUUCAUGGAAGCUUGGAGAAAUGCCGCUGCACGAGUGCCUACCAUUCAGACCAACCUCUACCAGAUUACUGGAACUACUCCAUAUUCUGCUGUUCCAACAAUUGUUGAUGGAGUUCCUCAGUUCACUCCUGAAGUUGCACAUGCCACAGCAGAAUUCAUGAAGGUGUGGAAUGCUGCCGCUGCAGCUGCUGCAGCAGCCCCUGAUGUAAACAUCAUUAUGGGAGCCAGUUCACUGCGUCCAUCUCUCAAGGCAUCUCACCAUGCUGCAACUUAUUCACAAUCUUCCCAUUACCAUGCACCAGCCUCUGUAUCCUACGAUGUAGCUUCUCCAUCUGCACUGCCUCAGCCUGUCCAACCUACCCCAGAAGUGCAGAGAGCUACUGCUGUUUUCAUGGCAGCAUGGAAUGAAGCAGCUGCAAGAGCAACUCAAAUUCAAACAAGUCUGGUAAAAUCUGCGCCCUCUGGCACCUAUUCAAUUGAAAUUCCAAAGCAGGUUGAAGCAACUGAAGAAGUAAAGCGGGCAACCGAUCAAUUUAUGGCAGCUUGGAACAAAGCCGCUCAACGUGCAACUGUUGUCAAACAAGCAGUUUACUCUUUGCCACAGCCAGUACAACAAGCUGAAGAUGUCAAGAAAACAACUACUGAAUUUAUCGCUUCCUGGGAAGCUGCUGCUCAACAAGCUUCUGCUAUUAGACAUGCAGUUGCUGCCACUGCUUCCUCCAGUGUCCCACAACAGGUAGAGGCUACUGACGAAGUCAAGAGAGCCACUGAACAAUUCAUGGAAGCUUGGAGAAAUGCCGCUGCACGAGUGCCUACCAUUCAGACCAACCUCUACCAGAUUACUGGAACUACUCCAUAUUCUGCUGUUCCAACAAUUGUUGAUGGAGUUCCUCAGUUCACUCCUGAAGUUGCACAUGCCACAGCAGAAUUCAUGAAGGUGUGGAAUGCUGCCGCUGCAGCUGCUGCAGCAGCCCCUGAUGUAAACAUCAUUAUGGGAGCCAGUUCACUGCGUCCAUCUCUCAAGGCAUCUCACCAUGCUGCAACUUAUUCACAAUCUUCCCAUUACCAUGCACCAGCCUCUGUAUCCUACGAUGUAGCUUCUCCAUCUGCACUGCCUCAGCCUGUCCAACCUACCCCAGAAGUGCAGAGAGCUACUGCUGUUUUCAUGGCAGCAUGGAAUGAAGCAGCUGCAAGAGCAACUCAAAUUCAAACAAGUCUGGUAAAAUCUGCGCCCUCUGGCACCUAUUCAAUUGAAAUUCCAAAGCAGGUUGAAGCAACUGAAGAAGUAAAGCGGGCAACCGAUCAAUUUAUGGCAGCUUGGAACAAAGCCGCUCAACGUGCAACUGUUGUCAAACAAGCAGUUUACUCUUUGCCACAGCCAGUACAACAAGCUGAAGAUGUCAAGAAAACAACUACUGAAUUUAUCGCUUCCUGGGAAGCUGCUGCUCAACAAGCUUCUGCUAUUAGACAUGCAGUUGCUGCCACUGCUUCCUCCAGUGUCCCACAACAGGUAGAGGCUACUGACGAAGUCAAGAGAGCCACUGAACAAUUCAUGGAAGCUUGGAGAAAUGCCGCUGCACGAGUGCCUACCAUUCAGACCAACCUCUACCAGAUUACUGGAACUACUCCAUAUUCUGCUGUUCCAACAAUUGUUGAUGGAGUUCCUCAGUUCACUCCUGAAGUUGCACAUGCCACAGCAGAAUUCAUGAAGGUGUGGAAUGCUGCCGCUGCAGCUGCUGCAGCAGCCCCUGAUGUAAACAUUAUUAUGGGAACCAGUUCACAGCAUUCAUAUCUCUAGGCCAUAAAUGCUGCCCACCAUGCUGCAACUUCUUCACCGUGUUAAUAUCACCAUGCACCAGUUAUUGUGUCUUAUGGUGAAGCUUCACCUUCGCUGCGUCAGUCUUUAUAGACAACCUCAGUAGUGUUGAGCUAUUACUGUGUUCAUGGCUGGGUGAAAUGCAGCCGCCUAAGAAGCAACUAAGUUAUAAUUUACAUGCCAUUUUGGUGAAAUUUGGUGACGCUAUGACACCUUCAAGUCAAGUAGAAGAAACAGAUGCCGUAAGGCAGACUAGUGCAGUGUUCUUGGCAGCAUGGAAUGCAACUGCUCGAUAUGCAACAUUUGUGGUACAAGCCGUCUCUUAUCUUCCCAAAACAAGUAGAUCAAACUGAUGAUAUGUAUGAAGCUACUGCGAAAUUCAUAUAGCUGCCCAACAAGUACCACCUAAUAGACUAUCAACAUCUACCACAUACUCUUUUCCUAAGCAGGUGAAGCCUUAUUUGGAAGUUGAAAAGCAAGAAACGGUCAUGUUGAAUGAAGCGGUGCCAUUAGUUCCACAAAUACAGACGGCUUUUAACAUCCUCUCUAGAUCCACGGCUCACGAUCUGUUUCAAACGCCCUGUGUCCGAUUCGCCUGAAGAAAAGUUAACCUAUUAAACUUUCAUGGCAAAGUUCCGAGCAGCUGAGGUAACCGCAAUUCGGACCACUAGAGUUCAUAUUGUUAUUUUACUUCACUCAGUGUAAGCAGUUGUUUAAAUUCAACAUAUUGCUUACAGAGGCGGAGCUUACAUAAUGCAUAUUCCAUCAGUGACUGUAUCUUUCCUCCUUUCUCUGAUCUACCCUCUAACCUCCAGGGCUGCAUUCAUGAAGAUUUUGUGUUUGUGUCAGCCCGUCACCACCCAUAGUGAUAUUACAACCCGUUAAGUAUCACCACCCAUAGUGACAUUACAACCCGUUGAGUAUCACCACCCAUAGUGAUAUUACAACCCGUUGAGUAUCACCACCCAUAGUGAUAUUACAACCCGUUGAGUAUCACCACCCAUAGUGAUAUUACAACCCGUUGAGUAUCACCACCCAUAGUGAUAUUACCACUUAUAAUAGUGUAUUCUACUAUGUAUCCUUUUAUUAUUAAGUCUUUAUGUAAAUAGUAUUCACAAGAUUGGAAAUAUUAAAGUUUGUCAAUAA